AUGGCACGUGGACGUUCUUUUCACUACAAUUCGCGGUCUAGGUCCCAUUCAGGGCAAUGUUCACGCAGCCACAGCGAGUCUGAACGCGCACGUCAGGCAGUUGCAGCUGCGGAUCUCGAACUUCGAAAUGAUCACCAAGAGAGUCACCCUACGUAUGACACGCAACUUCUGUUCUCACAAUUCACCACUUUCCCUGUCUUUGAGGCCUUGAAAUACCAUGUGGACGAGGAGACAGUGAUCGACAGUCACCGUAUUCAAGUGCAAGGGGAUCACCUUUUUUCUCACAUGCAAUUUGACCGAUCCGAAAACGCCAAUGCGUCUUUGAAGAUUCUUCAUGUUGUUGCCAACUCAGACUUCCAAGACAUCACCAAAUCUCUAGCAGAUUCCUUAAACAUGAACGUUGCGCUUCUGGAUCGCACUUUGGCUGAGAAGGUGGCUCGAGAGCCUUGUGCUGUACGCGCAGGAAAUAUCGACGGCUACAGCACCGGUUGCCUCGAUCUGAAGAUCCUGAAGGCAGUUUGGUCACAUCACCAGCCUUCUCAUUCAACAAGAGCGAUACUAUUAUACCAAGAUGACCAGGUACUGCCACGGCUUGAGGAGUGGGAUGUUCAAGGCCUCGAACAGCCACUGUUCUUCGAGUCUUUCAUGGCUGCCACGGCUGCGAAAAGUGUGCAACGAUUGCUUGAUAACAUUUCAGAGAAAUCUGAGAUACCAGGAGAGGACUUCUGGACCCGGAUAGUGCAUGGAGCACUUGGAGACUACAACUUGGAGGAGAGACUUCCACCUCCGGGACCCAGGGUUUUCCCUAGGGUAGCUCCUGGCCGCAGCACGAUCCCCCGAAUGUGGAAUCGAAGACCUAUUCAAGAGCGGGAGAUAGCUCUGAAGUCCAAAAUUGACCGUGUCAACACGCUCGGCCCUCUUUUCGCAGAGUUCGAAGGUCUGCGAGUGGUACUGAGAAGGCUUGAGAUGGUCGUACGCGAGCUCCAGACGAAAUCGACAACGGCGACGACCGAACAGUCUCCGAGCUCAAACACAAUACGCACUAUGACUGGGACACUUCUUGGGGAUUUGAGAGAGAUCUUCGCCCAACUUGACUGGCUCGAGCGCUUGACUCGAGACGAAAUCUCAAGGUGUGAUUCAUGGGUGCAGCAUGCUAAUGCACUCACGAACAUCGCCCUUGCAGAGGCAGCAAAGGAAGACUCCUCUUCUAUGAAAGUCAUUGCUAUUAUGACAAUGACCUUCCUUCCGGCUACUUUUUUCGCUGCGCUUUUUGCUGUCCCGAGUCUUCAUUGGAAUGCAGAUGCCGUCAUAGGCUCCAACUUCUGGGUGUAUUGGGCAUUGUCGAUUCCCAGCACAGUCGUGGUUCUCGCCGUCUGGGCUUUGCUCACUAUGACACAGCUUUUGACGCGCCUUAAAUGGUUCUUUUUGGACCUCAUCGAGACGGUCAAGUAUUGGUACCGGCGUUCUCUUCUACGGAAGCCUAAGUCUUCCAACUCGCGGCCAACACGAAGCACAACUAGGCGCUCGGACCGGAGAUCUACCUCUUCGUCCCAAGGAGAGGUGUAUGGUCCGUCGUCACCGACUCCGGUCUAA